AUAAAGCCACUCACAGUGUGAGUUGCAUGUGUUCAGCCAUGAUGGCUUUCUCUUGGCAGGGUGCACUGCUUCUGAUUUUGGCAGCUGUUGUGGCAGUUUAUGCAGACAUGCAGCUGGAAUGUUGGCCUGACUCUGUGAGGUUGACAUGGGCAGAGAGCAGAUCCCAGGCUGAUACCUCACUCUUCCGUCUUGGUAACUGUUUGCCUACCAGCGUUACGGCUACAGAGGCCGUCUUCACUGUGUACUUCAGUGACUGUAACUUUAGGACAAUGGUUACUGGGGAUAAGCUGAUGUACACAAAUGAUCUGACCUACAUGUCCUCAACUGAUUCUCACAUAGACCCUUUCACUCAUUCAGUUUUUUGCACUUAUGAAAGGCCCAAAGACUGGUCCCCUCUGCUUUAUGAACCAGUGUUUCAUACAUACAGUCAAGGAGCUCUAGUAUUCAGUAUGGUACUGAUGAAUGGCAACUUCUCUGGUCCUGCUAAAUCUACCAGUUUCCUUCUGGGCUCUUUGAUCCCCAUCAUAGCCACUGUGGAGGAGAAGGGCCAUCACCCCUUGCUGUUGCUUAUUGAGGAGUGUGUAGCAUCCACAACACCAGAGCUGCAGCCUGAAAGCAAUUUGUACCCGAUAAUCACCAAUAAGGGCUGUUUUGUGGACAGCAAGCUAUCGCGCUCAAAAUUUGAACCAAGGCAAAAGACAUCAGAGAUCCGUUUAUCCCUUCAAGCCUUUAAGUUUGCUCUUGGAGAAAAGGUGUUUAUACACUGCAAACUUGUGGCUUAUGAUCCCAUUAAUAUUGAUGCCACUAAAAAGACCUGCCACUAUGUCAAUCAUGGCUGGGAACUACUGGAUAAUCCUGCAUAUAGCGACCUAUGUCACUGCUGUGAUACCAGCUGCAAGUCCAGGAGGAUGAGGAGUAUAGCACCAGGGAUGCUUGGAAAGGUGCAAAAAACAGUCGUGGGGCCACUUGUCAUCAAUGAUGUAAAUUCCUGAAGGAUCCAAAAAUGGAUCCACCUUGCAUACUGGCUCCAGUCUGAAUUGGGUCUUUAUUCUUGGCUUCCCAAGUUAUUAAAUGCUUUAGUGCCUGCUUAUCUCUUUCACAUCUGUGGCCAUUAAAGUUCAAUUCAAACCCUUAA